AUGACACUAAAGGAGCUCAACCAGCGAUCCCCACAGCAUUCAAUGGAUGUUGGCAGUGAUCUUUCCUAUCGUCAUGACAACAGAUGGACCAACAUCCUUCCAUUUGAUCACAGCCGAGUCAAGUUGGCAGUCAUCAGUGGAGAUGAAAGCUGUUGCCAGGACUACAUCAAUGCCAACUAUAUUUCUGGGCUCGAUUCCUCCCGGGACUACAUUGCUACACAAGGCCCAUUAACUCGGACGGUGUCUGACUUCUGGAGGAUGGUCUGGGAGCAGAAUGUCUCUGUCAUCGUCAUGCUGGCUGACUUUGAGGAGCUAGACAAGAGGACACAAAUAAUAAGAGAGAAAGUUGCCCGUUACUUCCCUGGUGAUGAGGAAACUGGUCCGUCUCAGUAUGGACUCAUUCAAGUGUCAAGGACGAGGAAAGAUUACAACCACAAGUGGGAGAUCCGCACUCUAAAAUUAACGCACACGCGGGCCAGAAAGGUUCGCAUCCUGAAGCAUUUUUUCUUCAAGAAUUGGAGCGACCAUGAAGCUGAUAUUGACAAGCAGGAACUUGUUGAUUUUGUGGAGCUUCUGAGAGCAGAAAUGAAAUCUCUUCCAAAGGCUCCUAUGGUGGUACACUGCAGUGCUGGAGUGGGUAGAACAGGCACAUUCAUCGCCGUAGAUUACUUCUACAAGCUGCUGUCUUCCAUGAGGCCUAGGUCACAAACUCCAGGCCUGGGUGAAGCAGCCAACAAGACAGUGGACAUCUUUGGUCGUGUCCUCAAACUGAGAGACUGCCGUCGUUUCAUGGUUCAGUCUUUGAGCCAGUAUGUCUUUGUCUACGACGCUGUCCUAGAGAUCCUUCGACGACUGUUUCAGCUGCAACAGUCUAAAGGCUUGGACAUUUGUGAUCAAGAAGGGCACCAGUCGCUGGACAUCCUUUCAUGCCAGGGAUCACUUGAAGACACGGUGUACGAUGACGUUGCUGUCCUUAAAUAA